CUCAAAACGUUAUUCGACACAUGGCUUCAGGUCGCGUCAACACCUUUCCACCUGCCGGCACCAACACUCAGAGCUAAGCCCGACGAGUCUUUUCCAUGAACUGUUUUUAAAGAGAGCGACAAGUUCCGAGCCAGAAGAGAAGAUACCGGAAAUUAUCCGCUUUGGAAAGAAUUCAAGGACACGAGGGAGAAGUUGAUUGUUCAAAGGCUCUUCACAUGCGAUGAAAGAUAUGGACCUCUUCAACGGUAUCUCUGAACCAGGCCAGACAGACUUCGACCUCAUCAACCAAAUCAUCACAGAGGAGGAGGCCUCCCUCCCCAGACCUCCUCGGCCUCCUGUCGACCUCCUCUGCCAGCCGCACAGCGAGAGCCACAGGAGGCUCCGGCAGAGCUCCUCCCCGCCAUCUCAGUCCGUGCUGGUGGCGAGAGGCACCCAAUGUCAGCCAACCUGCACCUUCCCUCAGCCCCUGCAGCAGUCGUGCACUUCCAGAGAGAUGGCUCAUCCUUCCCGGGGAAACGUCUCUGCAGCCGGUUCCUCUCGCCGUGGCCGAGGCUCGUCCUGUUUGCUCACCUCUAAGAACUCCGGUGGCGUUUCCGCUCAGAACCGGGUAGGCGACACCGAGAUGCUGGAGCGGAUUCUACAGAAGCCCAAACUGGUGGUGGUGGAGGAGCCCAAGGAGAGAGGCAUGAGGUUUCGCUACGAGUGCGAGGGACGCUCAGCCGGCAGCAUCCUGGGGACGUCCAGCACUGAAACCAACAAGACUCAGCCUGCGAUAGAGAUUCAAGGUCCUAUUGAUCGCAUAAAGAGGGUCACGGUCACAGUUUCCUUGGUGACCAAAGACCUCCCACACAGGCCUCACCCCCACUGCCUUGUGGGUAAAGACUGCCCGAAUGGUUCAGGAAUCUGUGUGGUCACGCUUAAUCCUCACACCAACCGACGUCACAGCUUUGCUAACCUUGGUAUUCAGUGUGUGAGGAGGAAAGAGCUGGACAUUUCACUUCAGAAAAGAAGAAGCCAAAAUAUCGACCCCUUUCAAACUGGUGACUCAAAGGGCAUUGAAGACAUGGACAUGAACGCUGUGCGUCUGUGUUUUCAGUGUGAGAUGGAGUGGAACGACGGCAGAAAAGACUGUCUCAGUCCAGUCGUGUCCAACCCCAUCUAUGACAAGAAGGCCACGACGACAUCGCAGCUGAAGAUCAGCUGUUUGAACCAGUACAGAGGUUCCUGCACCGGCAAAACAGAGAUCUACAUGCUGUGUGACAAAGUGCAGAAAGAUGACAUAGAGAUCAUUUUCAGGCGAGGGUCGUGGAAGGCGAGCGGGGAAUUUGCCCAGACAGACGUGCACCGGCAGAUCGCCAUCGUGUUCAAGACUCCACCCUACCAGGACCAGGACAUCACGGAAGAGGUCGAAGUCAGCGUCGCCCUGCGUCGCCUCUCUGACCAGAUGGAGAGCGAGCCUGUUCGCUUCACGUACCUGCCAUACAACCCAGAUCCAUAUGAGGUGAAGCGGAAGAGAAAGAUAAAGUCAGACAUCAGCUUCAGAGAGAAACCUUGUGUGACCGCAGAAAGUUCACCUCCAGCAGAGCAGCCCUUCCACUUCCCGCAGCCUCAAACCCUGUCUCCAGACGAGAGGCUGUGUGCUACCCAGCCUGGGGAAAUGUGUUACAACGAGCUCCAGGACUCGAACGGUGGCACCGAUGUGACCGAAAUCGUUAAUCAGUUGCUGGAUAUGCCUGCAUUCUGGGACAUGGUUGCCGACCCGAGCUUCACCUCGUCCAUGCUCCCUAGCUUUGAGCAGGGGCCCGAUGCCAACGCCACAUUUGCCAACAUGGACAUGAACUUUAACCAGAACUUUGGCUCGUACGCGCAGGACUUUUCCCAUUACAACGACUUGCAGUUCAACAUGCUCGUCAACGAGAGCCAGACACCGCAGUCAGAGGCGCAGGACAGCCCCUCCAACAUGGUUCAGGUGAAGAAGGAGGAGGAGCUAUGAGGACAGGACAGUCAGGAUCAUGUAGCGCUCUCUCUACUUUAAAAGAAUAAUUGUACAUUUUGGGAAAUAUUUGUAUUACCUUUGGAGAGAGCCAGGCUAGCUGUGUCUCCCAGCCUCAUAUUUAGCGUACAGCCAAACAAGAUUAUGUGAAGCAAAAGGCCUCCUUUGCUCCGGCUGCUCACACUGUGAAAUGUGUUUGUAGACUCGUUUGGUUUCACAACUCUGGACUGUUGCCCUCUCAUUAACCCUGUGUCUUUAUCUUUGUCUGAACGCCUUGCUGGUCAAGGCUUUAACAAGGUCAACAUUCCUAAAUGUUAAAUACUGCGAGCAUUAAUCUGCAGGCUUAAGGUCAGCAGAGGUGAUGCUCGCAGCACAAAGCUUAAAAGAGAACUGUUGGACAUAUUAAACAGUAGAAACCCUUCCAUAAGUUGCUGUCUGAUUGUAUCAAAUGAUUGAUGUGGUAAGACUGAAAAACCUGUCGUGUUUGUGCAAAGUUUUGUCUGCUUCAAUGUGAUUUUGGGGAAACGACCUGACUUCCUACUAGAUGUUGUCGGCAGUGUGAAAGGAUUGUAGUUUUUAAAGUCAAAAAGUCUCGAAGAGUAGUUCCGGAUCUGUUCUUCCCAUUGUUCUUGUCUGUUAUUACUCUCUGCUGAUGUGGCCGACCCACCAGCUGGCUUGUUUAAUAGUUAACGUACUUACACGCAGUAGAAACCAGUCCUCCUCGUACUCAUAGCUCUGUGUCAGUUCCUUUUGUUCUGCAGUUUCACUCUCGUGCCAAGCAUUCAAAUUUCCACUCGCAGCUUGUCAUCAGUCCAACCCUGCCCCCUUGCUGCAGCGCUGUAGUGUCAAUAUUUCAGAAGAGACAAAAAUAAAAUGUCACUUUGU